AUGCGCACCCUGGAACCAACCGUUGACUAUACUGGAAUAGACAUAGCCGAGCCAGCCAUCGACCUGGCCCGCCAGACCUAUCAGGAAGCCCGAUUUGAGGUCGCCGAUGGGGUGACAAUUCCUUUCGAUGACGGGGCCUUCGACUUGGUCCACUGCACUAGCGUCCUGGUUAUCGAACCUAGAUAUCAGGAAGUAUGGGAGGAAAUGUACCGGGUGUCCAGCAGGUUCGUUUUGGCAGAUAUGCGCUUGUUAAAGGAUAUUGAAAGCCAAGGAGGUCUCCAAGAUUCUCACUAUCGAAUCCAAUUCGACGCGCAGGACCAGGAAGGGAUAGUGCCCUAUGUGGUGAGCGACGCCGAUGAGGUGGUCAACUGCUUAUUAAACCUGGUCCCCCGCCCACGAGCUUUGAGAGGCACAGGCUAUUUCCAUGAGGUCUCGAAGAUGGCGGGUACGCGCUACUCCCAAGUCUGUAUGUCCAUAUUGCUGGUAGAAAAGGGCAAUUUGGAAACAACACGAACUGAACUGGACCUGAACGACUUACCACUAGAGUUCUCAGCUUUCCCAGGUUAA